CUAAAGCCCAAAACCAUCAAAUUUACACAAACAGCCACGCCAUUUACUUCAUUACAGGGCUGUUUAUGUCUUUUAAUGUAGGAAUCCCAAUAUUCCAAACGUCACUUGCAGGCAACUUUGACUCCUCACCCUCUAAUCCCCUCCAUAACAAGUUAAUUUUCUCUUUAAAAUUUGCCCUCCCUUUGUUCUAUCAUUUUCCACUCUAUCAUUUUCUACCCGUAAUAUGUUCAAUGGUUAAGGGUAUUUCUGUAAUUGAAUGCACCAGCGAUACCGCCAAUUCCCUUCAUCGUUUCUUCAAUCCUCAGAUUUCUGAGAACUGAAAAACAGUUGAGACGAGAGAGAGUGAGUUAGAGAGAGAGAGAGAGAGAGAGAGAGAGAGAGAGAGAGAGGCAGAGGAGGAGAAGGAGAAGCAGAAGCACACUCGCGUCAACACAGAAACAGUUGCUAUAUAAUCUAUAGAUUAGUGAGUUUUGGUGCUUGUGCUUGUUUCUUUCGAGAAGGUGAUGGCGAUCCCACAGGCGGAGUCACACCGAGCAAGGGCUCGGCCACCGGUGGUCCGCAGAGUCCCCUUGCGUCAACUACUACGUGUGACUUCAGUCGCGGGUGGAAUACAAUUCGGAUGGGCUCUGCAGCUCUCUCUCUUGACACCUUACGUUCAGGAACUAGGAAUUCCGCACAAGUGGGCCAGCAUUAUAUGGCUUUGCGGGCCAUUAUCGGGCCUGGUGGUGCAGCCACUCGUUGGCCACAUGAGUGAUCGCUGCAACAGCCGGUUCGGCCGCCGCAGGCCGUUUAUUUUUGCUGGGGCAGGUUUAAUUUGUUUUGCCGUUUUAAUCAUCGGCCACUCCGCCGAUAUCGGAUGGUUGUUGGGUGACAGGGGAAACACCAGGCCAAGAGCUAUCGGAGUUUUCGUGUUCGGAUUCUGGAUACUGGAUGUGGCUAAUAACAUGACUCAGGGUCCCUGUAGAGCUCUUCUUGCUGAUCUUACUGGAAAGGAUCAUCGCAGGACUCGAGUGGCAAAUGCUUAUUUCUCACUAUUCAUGGCAGUUGGUAAUAUUCUUGGCUAUGCGACUGGAGCAUUCAGUAAUUGGUUUAAGGUUUUCCCAUUUACUGUUACUUCUGCAUGUAACGCUGACUGUGCCAAUCUCAAGUCUGCAUUCUAUCUUGACAUUGUUUUCAUGGUAAUUACUACAUAUCUAAGCAUCACAGCAGCUCAAGAAUCACCUCUAGGUUUGUCCGACAGAUCAACACCUAUUGCUGCAGAUGUGUCAGGACAGUCGAGCCAUGCACAAGAGGCUUUUCUAUGGGAGCUAUUCGGGACAUUUAGAUAUUUUCCAUGGCCUGUGUGGACAAUAUUGUUAGUUACUGCUCUAAAUUGGAUUGGUUGGUUUCCAUUUCUUCUCUUUGAUACUGAUUGGAUGGGUCGAGAAAUCUAUGGUGGCAAGCCAAAUGAAGGACAGAACUAUAAUAUUGGGGUCAGAACGGGUGCUUUUGCUCUGAUGUUGAAUUCAGUUUUUCUUGGAAUAACAUCUGUGCUCAUGGAGAAGCUCUGCAGGAAGUGGGGAGCUGGUUUCAUAUGGGGAAUUUCAAACAUACUGAUGGCUCUUUGCUUUCUUGCAAUGCUUAUAACCUCCUAUGUUGCGAACCAUAUUGGCUAUUUAGGUCAUGAUCUACCACCAAAUGGCAUUGUAAUUACAGCAGUUGUGAUUUUUGCAGUUCUUGGUGUUCCGUUGGCGAUCACUUAUAGUGUGCCGUAUGCCUUGAUAUCCUCACGGAUUGAACCUUUGGGACUUGGUCAAGGUUUAUCAAUGGGUGUUUUAAAUUUGGCAAUUGUAACUCCACAGGUGAUUGUGUCCCUUGGAAGUGGACCAUGGGAUCAGCUAUUCGGUGGCGGAAAUUCACCAGCCUUUGCAGUUGGAGCUCUGGCAGCCUUUGCUGGUGGAGUCGUAGCCAUCUUGGGUAUUCCUCGAUCUGGUGCUCCGAAGCCCAGGGCCCCCCCAUGAGUUGAAGACUUGGUUGAAAUUUCAUUCGAUUGGUUGUCGGCGUAGUGUUUGAGCUGACUCUGAGCAGAAAGUGCUUUCGUAUGCAAAACGCAAGCCUGAGUGUCUAGAAAUGUGAAAUUUCAUGGAAGUUUUUGAAGGUUUGGAAAAUCAUUAAUAAUUCAGAGACAUCAACUACAUAGUCAGCUCUAGUAAAAAGUAGUAAGAAGGAUCCAGGUUCAAAGUAUAAGCUUGUGCUUCCAACACACAACAUAUAUUAGGAAAGGUAGAAAACAAGCUGUAUGUAAAUUCUGGUUGCACGAUGGCAACUCUUAUAUAGUGAGAUGAGUAUCAUAGCUGUCGGUCAGUGAAUGAUGAGCAAGAUAAUUUAUUUGAAUGAAGAAUUUCCUCCAAUUAAAAUAAGCCCGCAUGCUGCCAUGGAAAAGUGAAGCGAAGCCCGGGAAUGCUCUCGAGACUACUUCCUUACCAACAAGAUAAGUUGCUCCUGAUUGGAUUUAUUCUUCAUAAGAAAAUUUUAGGAAAUAAAUAAAUAAAGGAAAUGUUUGAUUGCCUAUUGGUGGUCCAGGCAUGACGCAUUAGAAGCUCGUGCAAUUUUUGCGCCUGAAUUUGCUGUAUGUAUGUAGUGAACUGUGAUUGGCGACCAUCAGUUAGUUUGUGAGUUAUGCUGAUGGAAACCUUGAUGGAGACAUGUCUUUUAUUCUUUGAUUUUUCAAAAAGCUUGAUUGAUUUUUAUGGAAGGUCUCCUUUAUGAUUUUUAUUCAUAAUAAUAUUAAAUUGUUGUUUUUUUUAAUAAAUUUUAUUGGUUAUGUCUGAACCUUGGAAUAAAUUCUUGUGUUUAUUGCACUUUAUCAGUAUCUAUGAAAGCCUGUUUUGCUUUCAAUGCUCCCAGGCAGUGCUUUCUGUUGAGGACCUGAAAAUCAAUUAAAAGACCCGUCGUGCGGUUCAAAUUGUUGGCGCUAAUAAUGGUCGAGCCUGAAAGGAAGACAUGGCAGAAGUUCCAAAAGAAAUUCUACGCAAACUAGCAGAAUAUGAUUAUAGGGUUCAUUUGCUCUUCGUACAAGAUAAUGAUGAUAAUAGUUAUGAAAGUAUGGCCUUUAGCCUAUAUGCUGAGACUCUAGAAUGGAUGCUUAUUUUUUAUGUUAGAAUUCUUGGGAAAAGAACUGGGAAUAUAAUCGAUCAUGGGGACAUUGUAGCUUACCUAUGCAAAAGAUGAGCCUGAGGCGUGAUUUUUUGUGGACAAGUCGAAUCCAGUAAAAAACUCACAAGCAUGUUGACAUGUGUGGUUAUAGAGAGAGAGGUGUUGGUAUCCCUUGCUAGUGACUGAGUUUUGAGAUUAAGCAUAAAAGCUUUUUCAGGAAAGAAAAGAGGCAGGAUGAGGAGGAUGGAAUCUGUGAAUUUGUUCUGGUUUCUAGAGAAGCAUAAUCUUUAAUUAAUGUCAAAUCCUGAAAGUUGUUGUCGAUAUUGCAUAUCCUUUUCCUCCAUUGAAACUUGCAUUUGGCAUUGGAUUUAGUUUGAUUAUUAUGCCGAGAAAAUUCCCUCUGCAACUCUACUAUUACAACUUGAUGUAAAAUGAUUUUCUGAUUGACAGUACCAGUGAAUGGCACCACCAUGUGAUCCUAAAACUUGUCAAUUAGGAUGCUAAAUUCGAAAUUGGUUUUAUUAUCA